AUGAUUCGUGCUUCAUCUCAAUCAGUCAGCCCAUCUCAGGGAGGUCGCAGGGUCAAAAAACCUCGGAUACGCCUUACAUGCCUCAGAUGCCGUCGCCGAAAGGUUCGCUGUGGGAAGGAACAACCACAAUGCAUGAACUGUCAGUCGGCAUCCGAAACCUGUGAAUAUCCUACCGAUUUCAGAGACGUUGAUACAGGUCGCGUGGUCCCCUCGACAGAACAUCACCGUUCAAAUUCAACCCCAAAUAUAGAACCUACUCAGUCGGAUAAGUCAGAUACUACCUCAGUGAGGGCUACGGAGAUACAAGAAACAGACCAGUCAACUGGAUAUUGUUUUCUCACGUCGUUCCCACGUCUUCACAGACUUGAUCAAGGGCCACGACAGAGAUCUGUUGGUAAAUCUUUCUGGGCCUCCAUUGACGGCCAAGAAAAACUUAUCGCAUCAUUUUCUGGUUUCGAUCAAGAGGACCCAGAGGGUCUUCCUCCGUCUUAUAUCUCAUCUAUCUCACUGGCCAUGCUACUUCGCGGCCUUCCGAAUGAAGACCAAUGCCAUGAACUAGUCAAAUACUAUAUGAUGGCCGUACACCCAAUCUAUCCUCUAUUGUCCAAAACUAGAUUUUUGCCCCAUUAUGAAGCAUUCUGGACGGCACUAGGGGCCGACCCUCCAUCCGUGGGAUCGCCACUCUUGAUACGCGACCCCACGUUCAUAUGUACCAUGUGGGCCAUCUUAUUUGCCGGUGCUUCAACCGCGCCAGAUUCAUUUUGGAAAUCAUCCACCUUUCGUGGAAUUGAUCAAAGACAAACAAUCACCCAGCUGAAAGAUGCUUGCGCUGAAAGCUUGGUGGCCUGUCGCCACACUGAAUACCCAACUUUGAAUACUCUUGUCGCAUCUAUCUUACAUUUUCACUUUACCGAGCAGACGCCUAUUCAAUCUGCCACUUUUGUGGCCAGCGCUCUUCGCUUGGCCCAAACUAUGGGACUUGACGGAAAUACAAUAGACUUCGCAUUGCGGACUGAUGAUGAUGUUGUGUCGGAUCAUCUAAUCUGGCUAGACCUGCAAACUAGUCUUUCCACUGGUUUAUAUCCUUGUCUUGGAACCACACAUGACGCUAAUUCUCUCAAUGACAUGUUUAUCCCCAAUUCACCUCUUCAUCUAGAAUUUGAUUUGGUUACUGCACGUUUCUACAUCCAGUGCUUGGCCGCGAAGGUUCAAUCGUCGCUUAUGCGUCAUAUUCAAUAUAACCCGCGGGCUCAGAUAUCAUUUUUGAAACGCCACACUCAGUUAAUAAAGUUGAUCUGCACUUCCGUCAACCGAUUAUUCGAUAAGAUUCCUGUGCAUGGUGUACCAGAAAAGGGGAUGAUUCCCUUCCGGAUCUCCCGUGGAACCCUCGAAAAUGACUUUACAGCUUCUGGAUCUGAGACUUGGUAUGACUUUUGGAAUAAAGAGCCUAGUAUAACUGGCACAUGGACGAGAAUGAUGUUAUCCCUUCUCAAGUUGGAGCUAGUCAUCAGCUACCAGAAAAUGCUCCUUCCAUCUUCAAAUGAGACGUCGUCCUUAAGUACCUCUUGCUGGAAAAGGUAUGUCCCAUUAUCAUUUCAUGGAGGGAUUUAUGAUGCUUAUUUUCUUUUUCUGAGUAUAGUGUCGCGAGGCUGUGUUUAA